AUGCAUCCGGAACAAUCAUUACGCGGCCCUGUCCCUCAAGACUACUACGGCCCACCAAGAUACCAGCCCCCACCACAAAUCAACCAAUGGAACACCUGGACCCCUCAACAACCUCAACAACCCCAACAACCUCAAAUCAUCCGUGUCCCCGUUCAAGUCCCCCAACCAUACCCAGUCUACGUCGAAAAGAAAGUACCUGUACACAUUCGUGUACCAGUACCACAACCCUACCCUGUUCAUGUAACAAAAGAAGUGAAAGUACCUGUGCAGGUACGUGUCCCCCAACCGUAUCCCGUACAAGUCGAAAGGAAAGUUCCGGUACGUGUAGAAGUACCAGUACGUGUCCCAGUUUACGUCCGACAGCCAUACCCGGUGAGAGUAGAGGUACCAGUGACUAGGAACGUACCGUACCCUGUUCAAGUCAUCAAAGAAGUGAAGGUACCCGUGCAUGUACCACAACCACAACCGUAUCCAGUGCAUGUUACAAAAGAAGUAAGAGUACCAGUUGAGGUUAAGGUACCUGUAAGAGUGGAGGUACCCAAGCCGUAUCCUGUGCAAGUAAAGGUUGAAGUACCAAAACCAUACCCGGUUUAUAUCAGGGUACCGCAACAACCGGAGAGGCCACAGAUUCCGGAUAGUUAUUAUCGUCGUGAACAGGUUAAGGACACCUAUGGUCAACCUGGAUUUAUCCCUGGACAACCAUUAAAUUAUUAUUAAUUUAUUUA